UUCCACCAAGAAGAAAGGACUUGACAAAUUAUCUUGAACAAAAGAUAAAGUGCUUGGAAAAACAGAGGCAAGAGCUCCUGGAAAUCAAUCAACAAUGGGACCAACAAUUCCGAAAUAUGAAAGAGUUAUAUGAAAGGAAGGUCCUGGAGCUGAAAACGAAACUGGCGGCCACAGAAGAUAUCCACAACCUAGAGAAGGAACAGAAACAAAGCGUGACAGAGGGCGACAGGCAGCUAGAGAAGGAAAAGGAAAGCCUAAGGGAAGAAUUGCAAGCCCUGCAGAAGGAGAACACGUUGUUGAAGGAAAACAAUGCUCUCGCAAACAGGAAGAAAGAACAUUAUGUGUGUGAAAUUAAACGACUCAAUAAGGCUCUUCAGGAUGCCCUAUCCAUCGGGAGCUCUCCACUUUCAGAGGGCUCAAAGAAGUGUAAGGAGAGGUGCCGCCAUGCAGAGAUGAGGACAAAAGUGGAAAGUCACAAGCAGCAGGCUGAUUAUCAGUGGGAUGCUCUUAACCAGCUUCCUCCACAUGUACCGUACAAGGCACAUGGUUUAUCCUCAGAAAGGAAAUUCAACCAAUAGAUGCACAGAAGAGCUGUGGACUCUCAGCUGUGGCCACUCUGCUUCUGCAGCACAGCUGUGAAUGUUCUCCUCUGAGAUCUGCUCUGGAUCAUCUUCCCAAUGGCCCAAAUAAAGGAAAGAUAAGGACCCAGAGACAAUAGACCAUUGAGACCUCCAUAACCAAGUCUCCACAAAUGAGGCAGCUGAUUAAAUUACAUGCUGCUCCUUGAAACUCUCUUCAACUAACUGCUGACGGGUUUGUGAAGAUGAUUCCAGGACCAGCAUAACUCCAGCUUUGCUGCUUGAUGUUAUAUGCUGAUUUAGACUGUACAAAUAUUAAGCCAGGCAAGGUGGCAUAUGCCUGUAACUCCAUGGGAAAUUGGAAGCAGGAGGAUUGCAGUAAGUUCCAGGCCAGUCUGGUUUGCAACAAAAAUGCCAACGCAGCCAAUUUCUAUCUCAAAAAAUGAGUAAUACAUGGUAUAUUAUCUGGGAGGAAAACCAUUCUCCGCAAUGGCUAACUUAGUUCUUCACUGUUUUGACAGUUGGACUAGAUAAUAUGUUCCUUAUUACUGAACAUGGAACUAAAUGAAUUUGAAUAGACAACCAAAAGACCUAUAGAAUCACCUGAUUACAUGAGUGACUCAAACUGAAUAAAAGAUAAACAUGAACCUGUCCUUCCAGUGGAUUAUUUUUAAGAUCUUCAGAAGUUGCGAGCCUCUUUUGUCUUUAGAUAAAAUGAAUUAUGAAAGGAUGAUGUCCUGAUAGGUUGGCACUGACCUCCUUCUGUCUAUAUGCAGUUAGCAAGAAUUGCCAAAUAAAUACAUGC